AAAAUUCGUCUAGUACGGUCCAUGUCUACCAGAAGCUUCGUUCCCCUCAACGAUUGCAUCUAUAAGUCAACCAGGUAGUGAAUAUACGCAAUUUUUCAUCAAAAAACAGACUUUGUACAUAGAAAAAUGAAUAAUUUACAGUACUUGUUCGGGUUUUUGUGCCUCUGUGUAGUGUACGUGCAGAAAAGUAAUGCUAUAACAUGCUACGAAUGUAACAGUGCUCAAGAUAAAAGAUGUCUCGGAGAUCUCAACAAUCAGCUCAGCGACGACCUCAAGAAACCCUGUCCUGAGAAGAAGGGAGACAAACCGUACACUUUGUGCAGGAAGAUCAAGCAAGUGAUUGAUUUUGAAGUCAAUGGACUUCAACCAGAUAGCAGAGUGAUCAGAACCUGCGGCUACGAAGACUCGCAAUACCAAAACCGUUGCUACCAAAGAUCAGGGUUUGGUGGGAGACAGGAAGUCUGUGCCUGUCAACAUGACAGCUGCAACGGAAGUGCAUUCACCGUUGCUUCCACAUCUUUAAUCGCUACACUUUUGAUUUUGUUGAGAAUAAACUUAUUUUAAGCAAGCCAGCAACAAAGGAGAAUAAUUUUUAAAAGUAAAUUUCUGCAAUAAAUUAACAAACCAAAAUCACCUGGAAAAUAUCAGUAAAAAUAAUAUUUUUCAAAUUAUGUUGAAAA